AUGACCUGGACCCGCGCCGACCGCGCGACGUCCGGCACCGCAGCGCCGCCCCCGACGCUGUCGUGCACCGCCGAGAGCGCCAAAGUGCUCGUGACUCUACUGAGCUGUCUCACACAGAGCAGACGCGACCAACGCGUGCGCUGCGACGUCGACCGACGCGGUCUGCUCUUCACUGCGCACUCGAUCGGCAAAAGUCUGCAGGUCACGACGUCGAUUGGACGAGAGCUCUUUGAGCGCUACAAGCUCUGUGCCCCACAAGAAAGAGAUAUAGAAGAAGAAGAAGGACGAGGAGGAGAAGGAGACGAGGACGACGACGAGGAGGUGCAGCUGAGCUUUGCGCUGAACGUGCACCUGCUGCUCGAGUGUCUGUCGAUGUUUGGGCCUUCUGCUCUUGCGACGACGUCGCUGCAGAUGACGUACGAAGCAGAGAGUGCGAGUCUGCUGCUGGUUGUCGAAGACAAUGGCGUCAUGUGCGAGUGCUCGAUGCAAGUGCUGGAGCACGAGGGAGGCGACAUGGACCAGCUGGAAUUCGAGAGCGCGUUCGAGCAAUCGGCAGUGGUAGCGCGCUGUAUCAUGCAGUCGGAGCCCCUACAUGACGCUUUUGCCGAGCUUUAUGACUUGCCCAGUGCAGCGAGCGUGACGAUCGCCAUGAUGGACUGCAAAGGUGCUGGCGAUCGAUCGCAAGCCAAGUGCUUGAGUCUGAGCGCGACGUCCGAGACAGGGUCGUGCGAGAUUGCGUUUGCACCCACGUCUUCGGCGUUCAUCGAGUUUUCGUGUGCCCCUGCGACAGAAAGCGGCAACACUGGGACUUGUGUAGCUACCUUUCAUGUCGCAGUGCUACAGCAGGCGUUCAAGGCGCUUGCACACUCGAACGAGACGUUCCUUCGCAUGAACGGUGACGGCUUUCUGUCGAUCCAGCACAUGGUCGAGAGCGGAACAGGUGACAAAGCUUUUGUCGAUGCUUUGAUCAGUCCCGAGGACACAUCCAUUCCGUAG